UUCAUGUCCCGCAAAUGUCAACUUUCCAGAGAGAAAAUGAUGCUGCCAAAUCUCUGUUCAAGAGGCUGGAGAGCGCGGUCACUCCCAUCGUGUCCGGGGAGUACAGCGUCCAGCAGCGGGAGCGCAGCAUGGCGGCACGGGUCUCCUUCAGCCAGCCCCGGCUGGGGCUCGGGCCCGGCUCCGGCUCCGGGCCCGGGGCAGAGCUGGAGCGGUUCCGGGCCGAGUGCCAGUGGGGCCGCGUCCUGGCGGCCGUGGAGACGAUGCGCGCAGCGCGCAUCCACGACGACGAUGAUUACGGGGCCCUGCUGACGGCCGAGGCGCUGCUGGAGGAGUGUCUGCUGGAGAACAUGGAUCUCCUACGGCGCUCCGUUCCUCUGGUGGACACCGAGCAGCCCAGGCUCUCCAAGGCCAAAGGCCACCUGAACGCCAUCCUGAGCCACGGCCAUCUCCCGCCCCGGUACCUGAACGAGGCCCUGCUGCUGAUGGCCAAGGUGCACUACGUGCAGGGCCGCUACCGCGACGCCCAGGGCAUGUGUGCCAGGGUGGGGCUGGAGGAGCUGACGCAGGACGACCAGCCCACCUACCACCUCCGCCUGCUGGCCGAGGCCUUCAUCAUUAAAGGUCUGUCUCUGGACCACCAGACCGUGUCCACCGUGUCCCGCGUCCGUCUGUCGGAGAGGGAGGAGGAGAGUCUGUCCUGCUUCCUCCGGGCCUGCGACGCCGCUCUGUGCUACCUGCAGGAGCUGGACAAGGUAGUGACCACACCUCACGCGAAGACCUUCAGAGCCAGUCUAGCUUCUUCCCCUGUGGACGUCGACCUGGGCUACUUCCUGCAGGCGGCGCUGCAGAGCGCCUACCUCUGUCUGCUGCAAAGAGGUCAUCUUGCGCAGGGUGCUCACCAGUUACGUAGAGUGCUCAGGGUGGUGGAGUCCCGAGGGUCUCAGAGCUUCAGGAAGUGUGCAGCCAUGAAGCUGGCGGAGGUGCUGUUGAGCUCGGUGAGUGAGGACAGCUACUGGCCCCCGCUGGGCCCCCCACCGCCGGUCUGGCUCCACAGGGAGGGAGCCGCCGCCUCCAAGGACGCCAUGUACCCCACCGUCAAGCCGCCGCAGCGCUACGGCACGGAGGGAUCCUUAUGUCCACAGGACGUGGUGGAGGAGGCUGUGUUGCUGUUGCUCAUCACGGAGUCAAUGGCCAGCGGGCAGGCGGUGAUCAGCCGUCUCCCAGACCAGGCCGAGGCCCGCCAGACCAGCCUGCAGGAUGCCACCUCCGUCUACGACCUGCUCACCAUCUGCAUGGCCAGGAGGGGGCAGUAUGCCAUGCUGUCUGAGUGUCUGGAGCGAGCCAUGAAGUUUUCAUUCAACGAGUUCCACCUCUGGCACCAGCUGGGCCUGUCACUCAUGGCGGCCGGGAAGGGGGUUGGUGCUGUGUCUGUAUUUAAAGAGUGUGCCAGGAUGAGACCGGAGGAUCCUUCGUUGCCGCUGCUUGCUGCUAAAAUCUGCAUCGGUCAACUGCAUUGGUACAAGGAAGCGGAGUCCCUGUCCCGGAGUGUGCUGUCCAUGGGGGAGGACGCGGGGGCGUUUCUGCCCAGGGCCUACCUGGCGCUGGGACUGAGUCUCAGCCUGCAGGCCUCCGAGGCAACUCUGAAAGAGGAGCGAAACGAACUCAACAGAAAAGCUCUGCAGGCUCUGAACAAAGCUCAUUCAUUAGAUGCUCAGGAUGCUCAGAUUUCCAUGUACCUGGCUCUCCAGUUGGCCCUUGUGCGCCAGGUGUCGGCAGCUAUGGAGCCCCUGCAGGCAGCGUUGUCUCUCCGCGAGGAUGACUUGCACUCCCUCCACCUGCUGACCCUGCUGCUCAGUGCCCAGAAGCAUCACAGUCAUGCCCUGGACACCCUGGGCCUGGCCCUCAGCCAGCACCCCGACAACUUCAAUUUGCUGUUGACGAAGGUGAAGCUGGAAGAGGCGAUGUUUGGCCCGGCUGCAGCCCUGCAGACCUGCGAGGAGAUGCUGCAACGCUGGCAGAGCUGCUUGGAUCUCAGCCGCUCCAGUGAGACGGAUGACAGCAGCAGCAUCCAGCAGGCUGAGAGGACGGAGUCCAGCCCCGGCGUGAGGAAAACCUCCCUCCACCUCAACCUGCCCGACUUCCAGGAGGCCUCCACGGGUUCUCCUAGCUUGCCAUCGGUGGCCGUGUCCCGUCUGGAAGCGGCGCUGUCCGAGGUGUCCGACCUGAGCUCGGCGCGGCGCCAGGGCCCCCCCCACCUUCAUGUGGACCACUGGAGCACCAUUUGGCUGCAGGCCGGGGAGCUGUUCAUGGCAGACGGCCGGCUCAAGGAGGCCCAGUUCUGCGUCGCCGAGGCCAGCUCGCUGUCCCCGAACUCCCACUCCGUGCUGCUGCAGCGGGGUCGCCUGGCCGAGCUGCGCGGCCAACUGGACGACGCCAAGGGCCUGUACGACGAGGCGCUGGCCAUCCACCCGACGGGGGAGAGAAUUCUGGUGCACAUGGGGCGUUUGCUGGUGAAGACCGGGCGUGUCCACCUGGGGGAGAAGGUGCUGCGGGACGCGGUGCAGAUCCACAGCACCUCCCACGAGGCGUGGAGCGGCCUGGGCGAGGCCCUGCAGGCCCACGGCUCCGGCCAGGCCCCGGACUGCUUCCUCACGGCCCUGGAGCUGGAGGCGUCCUGCCCCAUCCGGCCCUUCUCCACCAUCCCGCGGGAGCUCUGACGGGACCGGAGCAGGUCAUCGCUGUGCUUUAAAUCAAGAGUUUAUUUUAAUUUAUCUUUCUCUGUUGUUUUAGGAGAUGAGAAAAUUAGUUCUAUUUUCAUAUCUGUUAAUAAAAUACAGUAAAUACAAGCUCACAUCAGCUCAGCACAAAGCCUGCUGUCAAACAACAGCACAAGGUCGUUAUGCAUCUUAUAUGUUUUGUGUUUGAGUGCGUAAAUGUAAAUGUCUGCUACAACACAACCCUGCCACUUUAUUUGAGGUUGAUUACGUCUGAAAAGUACGGAAAAGUAUUAGGGCCAUGCAGGACAAAAAAUAUUUGAGAGAGGAAGAUUUUUUUUUAUUGUGCACUUCGAGAAAAAAGUCUAAAUGUCGAGAUUAAUGUUGAAAUACCAUUUCAAGAAUAAAGUCGAAAUGUCGAGAUUAAUGUUGAAAUACAAUUUCAAGAAUAAAGUCGAAAUUUCGUGAAUAAAGUUUUCGACAUUUCAACUUUUUUCGAGACAUUUCGACUUUUUUCUCGAUAUUUCAACUUUUUUCUUCGAUAUUUCAACUUUUUUCGAGACAUUUCGACUUUUUUCUCGAAGUGCAUAAUGAAAUAAAAAUCUUCCUCCUCUAAAAUAUUAUUUUUAUCUUUCUCCUGCCUGGCCCUAAUCCUCUUCCGUAGAAAAGUAUCUCGUUCGACGAUUGUGCAGAUUUGUCGACUUAUACUGUAUCACUGCAGAAUUGUCCAGAUUUGCCUUUUUUUCUUUGUUAAUCACCAUCCAUUUCCGUUAUAUUUAAUCUACUGUCGUGCAGAAAUGCAUCGUGCAAUGACGUAACAGCAGGUUCAAAGGGGACUGGAAGGGUGGCCCUUCAACUCCGAAAACCAAGCUGGAGGCAACGAACGUGUAAAAAAAUGUUGCUUAAAAUGCUGCUUUUGUUCGACAUUCCCACGAUAUUUGGACCAAAACAUGUCACAAGCCUUUAAUUCAUAGUUAAACAUUUCCUCUGCAAGUAGCCGUCUUCAAACGUGCACUAUUGAUCUGACAGCGUGUCGGAUUCACGGGAGACGAGGCCUGGCAGCUUCACCACCGUUAACGACCAAAGCAUGAAACCGUCCUCCUCCGGCUGCAGGUGGUUUUAGGUGUGACCACUUCAAUAACGAGUGUUAGCUCCGUUACGGUUCACGGCGAUGGCCAGUACUCGAGUUGUUAAAAAAAAAUCAGGGGGGAUGGUGCAUUUUAUCAUAUGGGGACAGAUAAUUUGUGCUGAUUACAAAUAAUAUAAUAUAUUACAAAUAAUAGCAGUGACCAAAACACCUGCAGAAAUACUGCAGGAAUGACAUAGCAGCAGUUAAAUGCAGCCUUCUGUAAGCUUUAAAUAUCCACUGGGCUUACGUCAAAUACAUCAAAACACAACAAUAAAAAACACUUUUCUGAACUUAUCAAUAUGACUCUGUCCUUCACAGGAUAAGUAAAAUGGAUCACUGCAAAAACUCAAAAUCUUAACAAGAAUAUUUGUUUUAUUUCUAGUUAAAAUGUCUCAUUUUAGUAAAAAAAUCUCAUUACACUUAAAACAAGACUCAUCACUGGAAAAAAACAACAAUUUUCACCUGUUUCAAGUAUAUUUUCACUUGAAAUAAGUAGAAAAAUCUGCCAGUGGAACAAGAUUUCUUUGCUUGUAAUAAGAAGAUAAAUUUUGUCCCGCUGGCAGAUUUGUCUACUUAUUUCAAGAGAAAAUUUACUUGAAACAGGUGAAAAUUGUCAAAUAAGUUAUUUUUCUGGUGUUAUUUUUCUGGUGAUGACUCUAAAUGUUGAAAUAUCAGUAAAACCACAUUCAUUGAUGAAAUGACAUAAGGGAUGGAAAGGGGGGAUGGCAGUUUUACAGGGGGAUGAUUUUGACCGUUUUUAUUCAUCCCCCUCAACUCCAGUACUGGCGAUGGCAACUGACAGAUUUCAUCCAAUCACGUGCUUCGUACUAUUUUAAAACCCAAAGUCAGGUCUGGCUUGAACUCUGAAGUGCGUAUCGAUGGAUCGUCUGGCUUUGCUUCGGCCUUAAUUUGUCAUGUGACCUGAUUUCAGAAGAAACGUGGAGAUUGCAUCAUUAAAUAAAUAAAUAAAUAAAUAGGAACACAAUCCUGAUUUUUCUUUUUGAUGGUUUUCCCUAUAAUUAAAAAAUAAUGAUGAAAUUAAAUAUUUUCACCUUGGAACUGUCGUUGCUGUUUUACAGGAAUGUAGUGCAGCAGUUAUAUCAGGAUGAUAUGAUUUAAAAAGUCAUGUUGGAGUAAUAAACACCAGUAUAAUCCACCAUUUCUCUUAUUCAUAACACAAUGCAAUCCUUUACAGCCACGUUAUGUAAUAACUUAACAGGGGCAGCAGAUGCGAAAGUUAUUAAAUUAUGUUUAUAACUGGGUUUUUGAGCAAAAAAGGGUUAUUGAAGCUCUUCUCUAAAUUUAGGUAUCUUUCAAGUACAAAUUAGGUCACAAUUAGAUUCAUUCCUGGUUUAUUGAUCCCCAAAAAACUAUAUUGAAACAUUCCUCGUCUGUUUAUAAUAAGCUAUCAGUUGAAGAUUAUGUGUUUUUCUUUGCCAUUGAUAUUUAAAAUAAAGUACUGUAACUUUC